UUCCAGAGUUUUUCAGCGAUGGCCUCCUGCUGGCAAUGGUGUCGCCGCACAUGUGUGUGCUGCCUGUCGGAGGAGGAGAAGACGACCAUCGGCGUGCACAAAGAGAUCGAGGACAUCCUGAGGCGAGAGAGGAAGAAGAAGAGGCGGGAGAUUAAAAUCCUGCUGCUGGGAACCGGUGAGAGCGGGAAAACCACCUUCAUCCGCCAGAUGAGGAUCAUCCACGGCAAAGGUUUCUCCCCAGAGGAGAGGAUGAGCUUCGCCAAAUGCAUCUUCCAGAACAUCUUCACCGCCAUCAAGGCCCUGAUGGGAGCCAUGAGGAUGCUCAGGAUCCCCUACUCCAACCCGAGAACGAAGGUUUACGCCAAGUGGCUGCAGGACGUGAACACGGUCCAGGUCACUCAGCUGGAUCGAGGAUACGUCGACGCCAUCCGCCGCCUCUGGGCCGAUUCAGGGAUACAGGUGUGUUACGGCCGGCGGUGCGAGUACCAGCUGCUGGACUCCACAGAGUACUACAUGAAUAACCUGGAGCGGAUCUCUGCUCAGGACUACAUCCCCACAGAGCAGGACGUGCUGCGAGUUCGAUUCCCCACCACGGGCAUCCACGACUACUCCUUCACCAUCAAGACCAUCACGCUAAGGAUUGUGGACGUCGGCGGUCAGAAGUCGGAGCGUCGGAAAUGGAUCCACUGCUUUGAAAACGUCACGUCGCUCAUCUUUCUGGCUUCACUCAGCGAGUACGACCAGGUUCUGGAGGAGAGAGAGACCAUCAACCGAAUGCAGGAGAGUCUGGCUCUGUUCUACACCACCAUUCAUUCCCCCUGGUUCCUCAACACCUCCAUCAUCCUCUUCCUCAACAAGACUGACAUCCUGGCUGACAAGAUCCAAACCUCCGACCUGCAGAAAUACUUCCCCAGUUUCACAGGUAAGAGGCAGGACCCCGAGGACGCCAAAAACUACAUCCGCAAGUUGUACGAGCAUCAGGCCAUAAAUCGCGACAAAAGAGAGGAGUGGAAGACUUUAUAUCCGCACUUCACCUGCGCCACCGACACCAGCAACAUCCGGACAGUUUUCAGCGACGUCAAGGACACAGUGCUGCUCAAGUCGCUCAGGGACUACGGAGUCAUCUGAACUUUCCAAGAAUUGAAAGAAAAACGGAGGAAAACUGUGCUCCUCGUCUCUGUCUGGACUUGUAUGAAUCGAGGCUCAGAUGAAGGUCAAAAUGUGUCAAUCGGACCAGCAGUCCUUUUUUAACACUUCUGAAGUUUUAUUUCCUCUCGCCUCCACCACCAUCUCUGCUCCUCAAAACAUGAAGAUGUUUAGGGAGUAAUCACCCUCAUUUCUCCUCCUCCUCCUCCUCCUCCUCCACAUUUUGAUUAGUUUCUUCUUCUGGAUGAAGAGGUGUUUGGGUCACACGGUGACCGAAGUGAUCCGUAAUUGAAGCAGGAGCAGAGAUGCUAUGAAGCGCUGGAGUAAUGACUUUUACGAGUGGAGACGACGGUCACGCAUCGGAGCUUCACUGCCAGAGGCACACGGCUUUAAAAUGCUUUAGGUGUUUCCAUUCAGGAGCUCAGAAACCUUAUCUGUGACAACAAACAUUGGGAAGAAAUUGGGGGAUCAAAAUUAACGCACAAAAAAGAUUGUAUUCACCUCCACAAAAGAACCUUUGUGCAAAAAUGCAAAAAUGUAUUGAACAAAUAUUGACCAAACUCUUAAAAAUGAAUGCUAUUUAAGGAGGUUACCCCUCAUGUUGUGAUUUCAUUGGUACCCUAGAUUCUUGCUAAUCUCCAUCACAGAAAAUCGACCCAGGAGUUAGUCUGAUUCUUAAACCCUGUGAGCAUUUACAACCCCAUCUUCAUCCAGAUCUGGACCAUAAAGCUUGUGGAUUAACUCACUUUGUACAAUGCAAGAGCACAAAAUUACAGAAAGGCACAUUCAACAGCAUUAACUUUAAAAAAUUCCUCUUCUUUUUUUUUUGUUUGAAGCCAAAGCAGCUAUUAUAAGUUGGAAAACGUAAUCUAUGAGUUGAAACUACUCCUGUAUCCAUCACUGUCAACGUGCCAAACUCCCCAUUGAUUACAGUUAUCUCACUCUGUCACAUUCUCUGCAUUCAGCUCAUCUGUUCUGCACCAAAUCUCUCCGUUAACAUGCAGAAAAUCUGUGCAGCUGCCGCUUUAUUAAGUGCAAUGACGGCGUUUGCACCCGAGGCCUCUCGUUUUCUGUGUUAAACGGUUUGUUAUGCAACUCCUCGCAUUACAUAUUGGGGGAGGGGAAUACAGGCUUUGUGUUCUAAAACAGGGGAGAAUACAACAGGAGAGUGGAUCUGUUUUGAAGUUGGAAUUUGUUGCACGGUCGGUGAGUCACAAGAAAGGAAGACGCAAUCAGAAUGAACGGACAAGAGGAAUUUAAGCUCAUUUUUCUCCACUUAGUAACUUAUUUUUCCUCUCUAAAUAAUGAAAUGUCAUCUUUUUAGUCAAACAUAAAUUAAGGAUUUAUCAGGGGGAUCCUCCUAUUUUCGACUCUGAAUCUUGACCUUUGCUGUUUUUACAGUGUUUAACAAGUCUGCCUUUUUAAUAUUGUUACAAAUCGGCUCUGAAGCUGCAACAAAACAGGGAGACAACAACAGGGUAAAGAAAGGUUUUAUUGUAAUGCAAAACUAAACCGACAAGGUGCACUAAAGACUCUAAACCAAACCAAAACCAGGCUGCUGGAGCUCCAGAAGGAAGCAGCUCCUGCCAGAAAGACCACAUGCUAGAAGUGAUGGAAGCUUUGUGCAGUUUGAGCCACUUGAUCUCAGGUGUGGCUCCAUCAGCUGACGACCCUCAGCUUCUGAACGGCACACCUGGCGUCCAAGUGGAGGGUCGUCACAGUAUAAUGUCCACAGUUUGUGUCGAGUUAAAGCCUUUAUAUCAUGACCAAAACACCCCAGCUUUAGCCUGCUCUGGGUGCAAUAUUACCUCCUCUACCUGUCAGAUUCUCACACAACCAUCUGUCUAGUUUGUGGUCUUUGUUGUGGAGAUUGUUCAUUGGGCUGUUGGUGUGUAAGAAGCUGAAAUUAUGAUCGAGGAGCUUUAUCGUUUGUUUUAUCCUCUGGUGAAACGAUUGGUUUGAAGCCAUUCUAGGAUCUUCAGUAGGAAACGACCGGACUUCUCUUUUAGUUUCACUUCUCAUCCAAGAGGCUUCCUCAGUUCCGCUUGAAUCCCGUUUCAAAUAAGCACUGCUAUCCGUUAGUCUGACGGCAUCUGAACGUGUUAGCUUCAUGUUUAAACACACCCUGGUCACUUUUCAGUAAAAAAUAUCUUAUUAUCUACUAUCUUACCAUCAACACGGUGCAAAUCUGAACUGCACAAGUCACAUUAACGGCACAUCGAGUUGUUUUGAAGUGAAUUAGAGAAGACUUGUUCAGAAUUUUGUCGAGCAAUAGACACAGUUUGUUUGCCAAAUCUGCAACACACCUUUCUCUUUCCGUUACCGUCUGAAAAGUCCAUAAAAACGCAACCUUACUGUGAUUAAAACAAACACUAACAGCUUUAAGUAACAAUACUCACCAAAAAUGGAUGUAAUCUGGGAUGUAAGCAGGAGCUAAAGUUCAAUUUGUUGCUUCCGGUUGUUUGUAGGCGUUUUUUUUCCUCUGAGUUUACUAAAAUUAGAAACCUGCAGCAUCAAACGGCAGCAGGAUCCAUACAAGCGUCUCCAAAGUGACAUAGCUGGAUGUAUUUUUGCACCGGUACCUUCAUUUAAACUUUCUUCACCUCAGAUAUCUCCAUCAGAAGCAUUAAGCUCCAUCACUGCUGUUGGGAUUUUGUUUUUUUAUUCUAUUGUUGGUACAGCUGUUAAAUUAUCAUCACAGAAAGGUAUUUUCAGUGUUUAGGAAAUCAGAAAUAAACAAAGCUUUUAGUCAUUUUGGUCACAUUAAUACUCCUGCUGGUAGUUUAGUUCCAAUGUUUUAUUUAUUAGUGCAUUUUCUUGAAUUAUGCGUCACUUGAUAUCUCCGUUACUGUGGCGUCUUAUUGUAGCUGUGAGGAACAUUAACAGGAAAACAAACGACGUCUGAAUGAAUUUAUCAGAUUAAUGAAACCAGCAAAGCUAUAUAACUCGUGUCUGAUAAGGGCUUAAAACUGUCUGAUUUCAGGGACUGCAGGAUUUAUUUAACUGUAAAUCAUGCAAAAAAUAUGCCAGAAAAAUAAACAAUAAACCUUAAAUUAUGUGUGAUAUAAAUGUCUGUUUUCCACCGUUUCAUAAAUACAAGCAAUCACUGUAGCUAUCCUGCUUUUUUAAACUUUAAAAGUUCCUGUAAAGCAAUACAGCCAACAGAAGGUAGUUGAAGAUGUGUCUUUAUUUAUUGUUCCCGUCAGCUAAAUACCAUAAAUAAGAGAAGAUAAAUACCAUAUAUUCGAUCGCAGCUUUAAAAGGUCACACGUGAACGAAGGCAGAGUUGUUUUCCUGCGAGGAAACGGCUCAAACUAAAUUAAAGAUGGUUGCAGAAAGUUAAAAAAACAACAAAAAACUCAACAGGUGAUCUGCUCUGCUGAGUAAAGGGUAAAGAAUAUUAAAGUGAGGCGGCAGUGAAGGCUCAGAGGGAGUUUUAUCAUAUUGAACCAAAGUUCUGCCCCCCUGUGAGUUGUUCUGACUGGAAGAUGUCUUUGAAGUGAACUCCUCCUGACAUUCGCUCACUGUGGUGGUUCCAUUAAAUCUGCUGCAUUCAAUGUGGUAGCUUCAUUUUUAAACCUUCAGACACAAAUUUGUACUUUUACUGAUGACGACUGCUUCUGAUUGAUUUGUAACUGCUGCGUUUUUACUAUUUUUGACCAACUGCACAUAAACGGUGACUCUGGAGAGCUCGUUUGCUGGUGAGCUGCUGGUCUUCAACCUUCUCUCCGGCGGUUAUUCUGUGUAGACUAGGGUGGAGGAAACACUUUUGUUUUUUCUAGUCAACAUUAAAAGCAAACUUUUGAA